CGCUCACUAUAAAGCGAGUGGUAUCGGCUCAUUCGUUGCCCAGACCGUGACGGGGAGGGUACGUACGCAUCGGUUAACAACUGCUGCAUCGGACAGCAACUUCUCAAAGUUGUUGAAACUUUUUUUAUAUUAUUAGAUAACAUUUAAGUGAAUCUUGAUUUUCAUAUCCGUUUGGUUUACCCUUCCGAAUAGUCAUAAGAGUAGUCAGUUUCUCAAGCUGAAUCAGCAAGCGACGACGGAAACAUUCUGUUUUGUUCAGAUUGGCCUCUUCACAUUUAAAGCUGAAAGAAUCAUGGCGGGGUUGAACUGGCUUUCGAUGGCCGUAUCACUGGCAACGUUGAUAACGAUGAUGAGCACUACUUCAGUACUGGGGAACAACAAUGAGACAGCUGCGAUCAUCUUCCUCGAAGAUUAUAACCAACAGGCCAUGGUAGAAUACUUUAAAUCUGUAUCGGCUUCUUGGGACUACAAUACAAAUAUUACAGUUUACAACCAAGAACAAUCGGUGGCUGCUAGUUUGGCCGCAUCAAACUUUGAUAAUGAAAUGAGAACGCAGGCUCUGCAGUUUGACCAGACUGGGUUUUCUGAUAACACGAAGCGACUGCUGGGUAAAUUGAUAUACAUUGGUGAUGCUGCUUUGGAAAACCAGGAAGAUUUGGAAGAGCUGACUAACUUACUAUCGGACAUGGAGACUCGCUAUGCAACAGGAAAACCCUGCAAGGAGGACGGUACCUGCUAUUCUUUAGAACCAGAUCUCACCAGGAUCAUGGCUGAGUCACGUGACUACCAGGAACUUUAUUGGGCAUGGGAUGCCUGGCGCGAUGAGGUCGGAGCUCCAGCCCGACAGGACUACGUCCGAUACGUCGAACUGAAAAAUAUGGCUGCUCAAGCCAAUGAUCAACCUGACAACGGAGCUUACUGGCGUUCUUGGUAUGAGGUGGAUAAUCUAGAAGAAAUGACCGAGGAGCUAUACAAUCAACUCACACCACUUUACACCAACCUGCACGCUUAUGUUCGUAGAAAGUUAUACAAUGUGUAUGGCAGCGAUUAUAUCAACCUGCGUGGACCUAUUCCUGCUCACAUACUUGGUAAUAUGUGGGCCCAAUCCUGGCUCCAACUCCUAGAUCUCUGCCAGCCAUUCCCUAAUAAACCCAGUGUAGAUAUCACGCCAGUCCUUAUUGAAAAGGGUUAUACUCCCCUGCAAAUGUUUCAAGUCUCAGAUGAGUUUUUUGCGUCACUUGGACUGAUCCCAAUGCCUGAGGAAUUCUGGAACGAAUCGAUGCUUGAACGACCAAGCGAUGGACGUGACGUUGUAUGCCAUGCUUCAGCUUGGGACUUUUACAACCAAAAGGAUUUCAGAGUCAAGCAAUGUACAGAUAUCACGCAGGAUGACUUCAUCACAAUUCACCACGAGAUGGGACACGUUGAGUAUUAUCUGCAAUACAAGGAUCAACCUGUAAAGUACAGACGAGGUGCCAAUCCUGGAUUUCAUGAGGCUGUGGGUGACGUUCUAGCUCUUUCUGUCUCAACACCACAGCAUCUUUUCUCCGUCGGUCUUCUGAAUGAAGUUGCAGAUCACGACGAGGCCGAUCUGAAUUUUUUGAUGAGCAUGGCACUGGACAAGAUUGCUUUCCUUCCUUUUGGGUACCUAAUGGAUCGAUAUAGAUGGAGAAUCUUUGACGGAACUACCCCCGAAUCAAAGUAUAAUGAAGACUGGUGGAAACUAAGACUGCAAUACCAGGGCAUCAUCCCACCUGUAACCCGUACGGAAGAAGAUUUCGACCCUGCAGCCAAGUUCCACAUUCCUUCUGACGUACCUUAUAUCAGGUAUUUCAUCAGUUUUGUCAUACAGUUCCAGUUUCACGAUGCUUUGUGCAAAGCAGCAGGUCAUGUUGGUCCUCUUCAUAAAUGUGAUAUUUACCAAUCAAGAGAAGCUGGUACACUUCUGUCAGACAUGCUGAAAAAGGGUUCAAGUGAGCCUUGGCCUAACGCCAUGGAAGCAAUCACCGGUUCUCGUGAAAUGAAUGCUACUGCUCUUGUUACUUACUUCCAACCCCUGAUUGACUAUCUGGAAGCAGAGAAUGAACGAAAUGGUGACAUUGCAGGAUGGCCAGAAACAUACACACCAGCAGAUCCAAACUUUGGCGUAACAGUACAGCCUUCUACGACAGCGAUCUUCCUUUGCAUAUUCAUUAUACUUGCGAGAAUAUUUUAGGAACCAAGAUUUGUAAUUCUUUAGUAGCUUAAACUUACUCCUCACCGUGAUCUGUUACAUCAGAACGAUUAUCAUGGUGUAAAAAAAAUCUUUGGUGUCUUUUGAUGUCAUCAGGUGUGACAUUUUUUUUCACAAAAAAGUGUGUAUUAUAACAACGAAGAAAUUAUGUUUUAUAUCCGUACUAAAGUUGAAGUCGAAUAAUAGUGGAUUAAUGAAAUAGCAAUCAUAAAUUAACUUUUAUAUGCCGGUCUUAACCCAAGUAUUGGUAUUCGAAAACGAUUAUUCACGGUUAGGGUUUUAUAUAUAUUCCAUAUCACAAACUACUAUUUUUUUUCAAUUAUGAGCAUAGCUACGAUGUUUUCUGUAAUAAUUAAAUAGCAAUGCAAUAUAGAUGCAUUAUUUCACAAAUUUUGUAAUCUAGAUCAUAUAGAUAAGUUAGUGGAGUACAAAUUUACAAACACUCAUUUUAUUUGUAUAUUAGAAAAUGAAGAUAAAUACUAAGACAUACAUUUGUAAUUCAGAAGAGCAUUGGUUUUUACUUGAGUUGAGAUCGGGACAUAAUUUAGUAGUUAUGUUCUUAUGACACGGAGUACCAGUGUUCAACGACGCCUGGGUAAUACAGUGAACUGGAAAUAAAACACAAAGACUUGACAAUUUUGAAACGCUCAUUUUCCAAUGACUUUUAUUAUACCAAUAAGUAACAAUUUGCAUAUUCAAUACCAUAUGUCUACAUGCAUCAUCAUCUUCAUCAGUAGUACUUUUUAAUUUCAGAAUAAAGCACAAUCACUAUUUCAGUUCCGUAGAAUAUUUUCGUCAUUGAAUUCAUAUUUUUCACAUAUCUCUUGACAUAAAUUUAAGAGCCGUUUACAUUCAACAUCUGUAUCAUGGUUUUCAAAUAGAUAUGGAAACAUGAACUCUUGAAUAAUCACUUCAAAUCAUCUCAUUAUUCUAGCGUAUGUUAUAUUACAUAUACAUGUACAGUAUACUUAAUUAUAUUAGCCGAUAUCAAGAGACGUAAGUUGUUCUAGCUGUUAGGCGGUUCCACAAAAUGAAACCAUCAAAACCAGGGAAAAUACAAGUGUCAUUUAAAAUAUGAAAUAACGAUAUAAAAUCUGAAACCGGAACUGAAAAAUAAGAUGAAAUAUCAUACAAAUAUAAAAGUAAAGUAUGUUCUAAACAUAACAACAUGCGAAUGAUAUCAUCAUGGAAUGCAACGCAAUAAAAA